AACAAUCAAGUGGCUUUCUGAUCGAUAUAAUCCAUUUUUAUAGCCUAAAACGAAACAUUUUGUGAACGGCUUGUGUGGAAAAUUCAGCGUCCAUCAACUUUGGACGUAACAUUCAUUGUAAUUACUCACUCUAAAGGGACGUUUAUCAAGUCAAGUUCGGUUUCAUUAGAAUCCUCUGUUUGUUAGUAAUACAACCAAAUACGUGGUUCUUUUCCCGGGACAUAUUGACCGAAGAAAUUCGAUCUGAACACACCUACCAGCUACGUCAUUACGCGCCAAUCGAUUGACCUGUUCUUCGUUGAUUGACUGUAUCUCGGUCCAAUGACCACUGAUCUUUUUGAAAUCUAGCUGGAUAGAUAGCCAAUGAGCAGAGGUAAAUAGGGAUAUCAAAUGGUUCUACCCGGAAAUAAUAGGCAUCUUUGUAAAGCCAUGCGUGUACGCAGCUAUUCCCCAUUGAAAAUCAGACAAUAAGGAGCUCGCCGUUUUACGCGCCGCGAAAGUUUGUUUUGGAGCAUUUUCAAGGAUCAAUUAUGGCAAAUAAAUCAGCCAAAUCAAAGACCAAGACGAAGUACACAGAUGUGCACGAUAUAAUUAGUGAAAUUGACCGUGAAAGUGAAAAUGAACAUCUAAUUGAUUCCAGUGAGGUUGAAUCCGUUGAUUCCGAAUUCGAAGACAUGUUUCUACACGGUGAAGACCCAGUUUUGGAUCGUCGCAGCGAUUCUGAUUGGGAGCCAAGCUGCAAAUCCCCCACUGAAGCUGGUCCAUCCAGCUGGACCCCUGCUGUAUCCGGCACCACACCUACUCCCGCCCGGCCAUCAAGGGGUGGUAAGCCGGCGGCAAGGAAGCGGAGGAAGGGCAGCGUGGAACCGUCCAGCGUGGAACCUGCCAGAGUGGAGGAGGACCGUUGGCACACUGUUCUUGAGGAGGAUGUGGCCCCACCAACUCCACUUUUCCGCCCAAAACGCCCAGUAGGCCCUCAAUUGGACCUGACUUCCAAAUACACCCCCAGGCAACUUUUCCAGUUGUUCUUCACCUCGGCAGUUCUUGAUACCCUGGUGAUGAACACUAAUAAAUAUGGGGCUAAGAAGCAGGAGAAAUGGAAGGACAUUUCCAUUUCAGAACUGUUUUGCUACCUGUCUAUGGUCAUUUACAUGGGGGUGGUGAAGCUGAAGAACCUCAAACACUACUGGAAAACUGCACCACUCUAUCAACUGCCUUUCCCCUCAACGGUCAUGUCUUGUACUAGGUUUCUGACAAUUUCACGGGCACUUCACAUUAGUGACCCAGAGGUUGAUAAGGACAACGAGGCGAAACGAGGCACAGCAGGCUUUGACAAACUAUGCAAGAUUAAACCUCUCUACCAUGAUAUCGUUGAGGCAUGCAAGACAUAUUUUCAGCCCGCCCAGAACCUUUCCAUAGAUGAGAGAAUGGUAGCCUCAAAGGCCAGAAUUGGCCUAAAACAGUACAUGCGCAACAAACCCACAAAAUGGGGUUACAAGCUGUUUGUUUUGGCCGAUUCUGCGUGUGCAUACACGUGCAAUUUUUUUGUCUAUGAGGGGAAGAACACUUGUGCGAGCGGUAAGGGACUCAGUUAUGAUUCUGUGAUGCAGUUAUUAGAUUUCCAGCUGCUGGGGAAGGGCUACAAACUAUUUGUAGACAACUUCUACACAAGCCCUACCCUGUUCACAGACCUGAGGAAGCUGGAGAUGUGGGCCUGUGGCACCAUUCGGACCAACCCAGUGGGUUUUCCAAAAACCAGGGUAAAUGACAUGCCUAAGCGGGCUGAGCGGGGUACCAUGAGAUGGAUCCGUGAAGAUGGCCUGCUGUUUGUGAAGUGGAUGGACACUCGCGAAGUGGUGAUGUGUUCCACUAUUCACAAGUCGUUCGGUGGGGAUCACGUUGUUCGACGUUUGAAAGGUCCUACAGGCGCUUGGACUGCCAGAAAUGUCCCCAUUCCAGAUGCUGUGAGGGAUUACAACAAGAGCAUGGGGGGUGUAGACCUAUCCGAUGCACUGAUAGGAUAUUAUAACGUCCUUCAUAAAACCAUGAAGUGGUACAAAACACUAUUCUAUCAUUUCAUUGACAUUGCUGUGGUGAAUUCCUUCAUCCUCCAGAAGGAAAUGGCCAAGAGCUGUGGACAGCCCCCCAUCUCACAACUAGCCUUCAGGGAGCAGCUCAUCCAGGAGCUUGCUAACUACAGCAAGAACACUGUAGCACCUUCUGUCCCCUCUACCUCUGUCCCUUCUGCUCCAACCAGCGGCACGCACAUGCUGAAGUUCAUCAUUGCAGGCAGGGAUGUGCCUCAGGGGAAAAGGGGCACAGUAGGGCGGCUUCGUUGUGCCCUGUGCCACAAGAAGUCCCCUGUCACCUGCAACACCUGUGCUGUGACCCUCUGUUUCACACCAGAGAGAGACUGCUAUGGGAUAUGGCAUCAGGAGCGCAACAUUGCGUAGAGGACAGAGUCUUCACAUGAUUGAACAUUUGAAGUGUAAAUAGUUCUCCUUGUUAUUUAUUUUUUUUAUUUUUUAUAUUCAUUUUUUUCCUUGAAUUUUUCGAAUAUAUAUUUUUUGGGGUAUGUUACAAUAAUUGUUUUGUAUUUUGUAUAUAGGUUUUGUAUCAUUGUACCAAUUCGGCCACUUGGGUACAUUUGGGAAACUUGUGAGGGACACCUGGUUGACCUCAUGCUCAAUGGCAUGUACCUCACUCAUUCCUGAAUGUAUCCAUCUGAAAUUUUGGUAAAAUACUGUUGCCUACCUAUGUUCUCAUUUGAAAUGAUCCCCAGUAUCAUAACUGAAUGUUUGGCCUUUCUUGUUGAUUUUUUAAAGAUGCAACAUCAGUAAAAGAACAAAAAAUGUCUGUUGAUUUCCUUGUAUUUUCUUCUACCAGAUCUAUUGUGUUAUAUUCUCCUACAUUCAAUUCACAUUUACACAAACUUUAGAAUGUUUCCUUUCAAAUGAUACCAAGAAUAUGCAUAUCCUUCCUUCUAGGCCUGAGCUGCAAGCAGUUAGAUUAGGGUAUGUUUUCAGGCGGAAAUUGAGAAAAAGGGGGGUCAUCCCCAACAGAGAGGAGAGGAGAGGAAAGAGGUGAACUCACACUGAGAGAGCAGACACAGGAGAGAGAGAAGCUGUUCAGUACUUGAAGGACCUUGAUGGAGACAAGAGAGUGGGUGCACACACCUGAGAAGUAGAGAAUAAGAGUGAGUGAUGAGAGGAAAGGGGCCCUGAAGAAGAGAAGAGCAAUGAGAGAGGCAGCUGCAUACACACACAUACAAAAUCCAUCCUUUUGAGCACAGAGAGUACAGAAAGCAGUAUCAGGUAAGGGUCACCAGCACACAAAGAUGGCUGGUCAGGGACGGGUGUGAACCAACAACCAACCAGAGCCCUCCCCUUGCCCCUGGUUGCCAUGCAACCAGAUGACGGACAGUUCGUGAUGGAGGGAUUAUGAAGGAUCAGAGUGUCUGUUUUUGUGUAAAACGCCACAGCAGAUCAUCUCUGUGUUAUGCAUGCAGGAGUGUGUGUGUGUGUCCACACGGUAUUAAAAGCACAGAGAAUCGUUCAAAAAUAGCACAUUUUGUGACCUCUGGU